AUGUUCGCGGACAUCUUGAGAUCCAAGAGGACGCUGGGCUGGCGGACGUGCCUCAUCGUCCCCGAGCUAGAGAGCGAAAUGAACGCCAACCGAGAAAACCGAGAUCUCCGCCCCGCCGUCUUGUCGUUUUCGGUCACACCCCCUCCCCCCGUCGUCCAAAAGCUGCUGUACGUGGGCGACCACAUGUUCGCGGACAUCUUGAGAUCCAAGAGGACGCUGGGCUGGCGGACGUGCCUCAUCGUCCCCGAGCUAGAGAGCGAAAUGAACGCCAACCGAGAAAACCGAGAUCUCCGGGUGGAGGUGAACAUGCUGAGGACGCUCCAGUACCACCUAGACACCCGUCUAGAUGACGUGCGCCUUCAAGCUAUGGAGGAGGGGCCCGACUCGCCCGCGGCGGCAGAGCUGCCCAAGCUUGAAGAGGAACAGAUGCAGCUCAAGUCUCUGCUGAGGGGCAACGGUCUCAUGCUUCACUCCAAGUUCCACCCGGACUGGGGGCAGCUGUUCAAGUCCGGCUACCAGGACUCUCGGUUCGCCACCCAGGUGGCGACCUACGCUUGCAUCUACACCUCGAAGGCCAGUAACCUCGCAAGGGUGAGCACCCAGCGCUCGUUCCGUCCGGUCCGAGACGUCUCCGCCCACGACCUCAUCCUUGAAGCAGCGGACUCCCCUAACGUGAGUUGUGGUUCGGCGUUGCAAGGCCAGCGCACCCCGAUAACCCUGUUCGCUUCUGAGAGGUGACUAGUGCCUGGGAUCGUGUGACCUAGCUCUUGAUCGCGGCCCAGAUGUGAAGAGAUGAACGUUUUUGUGGUGCACACAAAGGGGGAAGUUUUGCAUUUUUGCCCCAGAGCGGCCCCGCUAGCUAAAUCGCGCACGAAAAAAAGUGUUGGUGGUGAUUAUCGGGGCAAGUGUUGGCUAACGCGAGGACCAUGUAGGGUGGUACAUGCCGAAUUUUGGUGGUUCCCAUUCCAGGCGUUUGAUUGCUACUACUGCUGUGCGGAGGUACGGAUAUGGGGUGCCAUGAUGUAUGCAGGGAGGGUGGUGGCCACGAUAAGCGCACGUCCACCUUUUUUGCGGGCUAAAUGCCGCACCCCGUACCCAUUGAGAGACAUGCUUAUGGGCCAGACUCGGAAGCUCGUCGCAGUGAUGUACGGACCAGAUGCUCAGCAGCAUAGGCUAGGCUUCAUGGACAAGUAGAGGCUCCGAAAUGGCGACCAUUGUUUUCAUUCGCGGUUUCUACGAAGAAAUUGAGUCCACCGACAACUACCUUCAAGCCGUGUUUUUCAUUUCGCUUUUUGCCUGAUCUGGCUGGAUCACGUCGGAACCGAUGUACCCACAUUAUCGACCAUCCUCCAUGCCGUACGCCAAGUAGUCAACCCUCGAGGUCUUCGUCACUCGACGACAACGCGAUGGGUCUACACCGUGUGCAUGCACCACACAAUACCGCGCCCGCUCGCGGUGGAAACAAACAUGAAUAUGUGCAGCCCAAAAACUAACACCACUCCUCUCAGACCAAGUAAUAGGGCGGUAUUAGAUGCCACAAGCCACGAUAUCACACCCGGCGAUAUUUUUAGGGGCCCAAGCAUUGUUACCGCGGGUACUACUGUUCGUGGGUCUGCGAACAUUGGUUUGGAUACAUGUGCUGGAUGAUUUUGUGUCACGCAGACUGGCAAGAUUACCGUUGGUAAGGGGCACCUCGAUGAUUCAUGGGCCCCCUCUUUGCUGUGGGAGCCGCUCUCGUGUUGUUGGAGGCCCCGUGACGCGUUUUUUUUAGUGGAUUGGACAAAAUCGGGACGUCCCUGGGGUACAACGUGCGAAAAUCUGGACGCCUUCUGAACGUGCCGCGGCGCGACGACGCACACACCCAAUACCGCACGAAAUCGCGCCACAGCGCCUCCACCCGCCGCGCACAAGGCGCGCCGACCCUCUCCAACCCUUUUUUUCCAGCUCAACAUAAAACAGUGUGGACGCAGCCGCGUACAAAACCCUCUCCGCAGACCACCCGAUUUUGUCCUCAAACCUGCAGGGUCGACCCCUACCCCGAGAAAAACAUUAUCUCCGACUCUAUUUUGUCCAUCUGACCACCUCUUUUGUGUUCACCACAGCCGGUUCGUGGGGAGAUUGAACGCGGCCAUCUCCCCGCAGCACCAC